GCAGCACGUUGCAGUCCUAACGGGGCGGGGCUCGUAAACAGAGGAAUCGAAAUAAAGGAUCGUGCAGAAAUUUAGCCCAAAGUGUUUCCGUUUUCCCCGACGUGUUAAAGGUAAAUCUCCUGUGAUGCCGAUUCGCAGAGCAGCAGCGACUCCGACCCAGGAGAAGACCCCCUCCGCUGCAGCAGAGAAAGAACCUGAAGCCUCCUCGGAGGAGUCGCCCGCUACCGAAAAGGAGCAGGCCGCGUCAUCAGCCGCAGCAGCCGAUGGCGACGAGGGCAGCGCUGCGGGCAAGACGGCGCCCGCAGAGAACGGGGAAAAGGCCGACGGUGCUGCAGCGGAAAAGGAAGGAGAAGGGAAAGAUAAGAAAGAUGACAAAUGCAAGGACUGCGCGGCUGGACAGUGCGCAACACACUGCUAUGUUCUCCUACUAAGGUUGAAGGAUGGCUACAAGUACGAGAAGUCUAAAGUCAAGAAGGUGAAACGGACGAUUCCGGCGUGGGCUAGCGUCACUGCGAGCAAAAAGGUCCCUGUUACCAACUUUGCUGGCACUCAGAACAAAGUGGAUAACAUCCUCAUUGAAGCCAUCACGUCUUGCAAUGACAGGUCUGGAGUUUCAUACCAAUCUGUCAUGAAAUAUAUCGUGAAAAAAUACCCAGGGAUGGAGCUUGACAGGAAGAAGUUCCUCAUCAAGAAGUCCAUGAAGAAACAUUUGGAGAAGGGAACCAUCAAGCAGUUGAAGGGGAAAGGUCUUUCAGGGACCUUCGCCAUUGGGAAGCAGACUCCCCUGUCUAAGAAAGCUGCUCAGAAGCAGGAGUCUCUGGGAGACGCUCUUCCUCUCAUCAUCACUCGGCUCUGUGAGCCCAAAGAGGCCUCCUACAACCUGAUCAAGAAGUACCUGGAGCAGCACUUUCCCAGCUUUAACAUCGAAAACAGGCCAGAAGUCUUGAAGUCCGCCCUGGUGAGGGCUGUUGAGAAAGGGCAACUGGAGCAAAUAACUGGGAAAGGAGCGAGGGGGACUUUCCAGCUGAAGCGUACCGGCAACAAGGUCCUGCUCAAGGGUGGCACUUUGGAGGACGCCAUCACAGCUGCUAUCACAGCCAUGAAUGAACCGAAAACCUGCAGCACCACAACUCUACGGCGAUACCUUUUAGACGCCAACAAGGACAGAAAGGAGUACCAGUUAGUGGCCAAUCUUCGGAGGACCCUGACAAAGUGUAAAGUACUCGGAUGGAUGGAGCAGAUUACUGGUCACGGCUUCAACGGGACCUACCAGCUGUCGUUCCCUUUCUACCCGAGUCCCACCAUCCUGUACCCAGACAAGUUCAAAGAAAUUCCAAAGAAAGAUGCUGCACCUCCGACCAAGCGAAGGCGAACAGUUGAAUCUUCAGACGAAGACGAGGAAGAAUCAGAAGAAGAGGAAGAGUCUGAGGAUGAAGCCCCGGCCCGUAAGAGGAAACCUCCGAAGAGGCCUCCACCAAAGGCUCGUCGUCCUCCUCCAACCAAGAAAUCUUCGAGCGCUAGUCAGUCAAAAGCUAAAGGCAGAGGACGUUCGCUCGCAAAGAAGUCUCCAGCCAAGAAAGCAGCAUCUUCGGCCAAGAGCUCGGGAAAAAAACAACCAGCCCCUAAGAAGGAAUCCGAAUCGCCAUCUAAAGCCACACCUGUCAAGAGAGGCGCCCCUGCAAAAAAGCCCAAGACACCAGCUGUUAAAAAGCUAAACAAAAGGGGGGCCAAGCGACCUGUGUCCAAGGAGUCGCCCCCCAAGGAGCCUACAGCCACAAAGGAGACGACAAGGAGCGGGUCCAAGCGCUCCAAGGCCGAAGAGUCGCCUCCUGAGGCGCCUGCAGCUAAAAAGCAGGCAGCCAAGAGUGGAUCCAAACGACCCGCAGAGUCGUCCCCUGCAGAGCCCGCAGUGAAAAAGGGGGCCAAGAGCAGCAAGCAGUCUGCUCGCAAGUCUAAGAGAGGGAAAUACUGAACCCAGGAGCGUCUUCUACAAACUGGGCUGAAUAUCCAGCAGUCUGCCGCUUUAGUUUCAGUGCUUUCUCUCUCUUUAUAUCAUUGUUUUCUCCCUCUUUAUGGGGCAGUAGGGUUUUGUUUUUUUAUUUCGAUUGUAGAAUAAGAACCUUAUCCUACCAGUUAAUUGAACUUUGAGAGUUUCUGAAUUUUAUUUUUUAAUCAGUGUGUAGGAAAGCUCCGUUAGUGUUAUCGGCGAGGCUGCCGUCUUGGGAGACUGUAGGAACAUCAAGCAUACUUUAAAACUAGAGCCACGUAGCGACUUCGGUUUUGUUAUGUUUUUCUUUUUCGAUUUUUGUUUUUUGGUUUGUUUUUGUUUACACAUGUUCCUCGUGUACUCUGUAGUUGCUGGCAGCACACAUUCCUAAUCUCAAAUCAAAGAUCAGUGUUCUAGAAGGAUGAAAACGGCGUCAGUUUUAUGUUGAAAAGUGGGUUUAAAAGUUCAAAAGAGUUACUAAUGUUGUUAGUACUUUAUAAAAGACAGAAAUUUGAAAUUUCUGUGUUUUGUCCCGGGAUUGAAUCAAAAUGUGGUCAUGCAACUAAUGCAUACAAAUCUGAACUGUAAUCUGUGUUCCUCAUUUAUGUAGUUUCCUUCUUUAUUAUUAUUAUUAUUAACUAUAAUUUAUAUUUGGUUAUUUAAACAGAUAUAGCCCCCCUGGGAAAAAAAAAAGAUUAAACCUGCAGGUGCCAAGUUGAGGAUAAAAUACUGUUAGUAUUCAAGUCACACUGAGGGGAAAAUGUCUUUUUGAGGUGUGUGUGUGUGUGUGAGUGUGGGUGUAAACAAGCAUAUACACAAAUUGAUUUUAUCGCUUCACAUCUGUAUUCAGUACCAAACUGUAAGAAAUGUGUGUUGUGGAAAAAGGAGGAUAAUAGGAUAAUAACUUCCCUGCAUGCAUGUAUCCCUUGUGUUGUUAAGCUUUUUUCCAAGUCAUUAAUAAAAUGGCUAUAUUUGUA